CUUGUAUGAAUUUUAUGAACGAUGUUUAUGUUUGGUUUUUGCUUUGAUUAUUUGAUAGCAAACGUUAAAUAUCAAAAAACUUCAAAAUCUGCUGACUUUAUUUCACUUAUUAAGUGCAAGAACUGAAAAUGAUCAGAUCUGAAAGACAGCAAUCUGCCUACUUUCCUUUAAAGAUCAACAACAGCAAGAAAGAAUUAGAUUCUGUGGUGCCAAUCCGUUUCCCAUCCACACGAAAUAUUCUAUGGCAAAGUAAACCAGUAGGUGAUUUUGAAACUUUGUCAUUGAGAUUGAAUAACAAGACAAUUCAGUUAUUUGUUGUGGAAAAAAGCUUGCGUUUAGCUCAUAGAUAUUCUGAAGACAGAAAUAUUUCAAGUUUUUUGUUGGGCUCUGUUUAUCCAAAAUCAGGUGAUGGUGGUAUAUGUUUUGAAGUGGAUAGAUUUGAUCCUGGCAGAGAAAUUAGUGAGAAAAUAGGUGAACAGUUGAUUAAAUCAAAAAUUCCUACAGCUGUUGUACCUGGUGAUCAUAUCAUACCCAUCAUUGUUAAGCAAGAAGUUGUGAAAUCAAGUGACUCUCAAAGUCACACGAAAGAUGAAUUUUCUCGAGCUGUUAAGGUGAUGCAAGAUAAAAUUUGUGGAAAAGAUGCUCUGACAUUAUCUCAUAUAGUUUCAUUGAAAGCUAAUCUCUACUGUCAUAGAAAAUACGAUGAACUUAUUGUGUCACUUCAUUGUGGGGCUGUUGUUCCCGACAUAACAUUCCACGCACGUCCAAUAGCUCCUCUUCCAAUUAUUCCGACAACUUUAGCGAGAAAUCUGUCCGGACCACUAAGACUAAGUGACGUAGAAGGAACUCCUAAAAUGGGAUAUGUGACUAUGGAUGAAACAAGAAAGCUUUUAUUGCUCCUAGAGUCUGAUCUUAAAGCUUAUAGUCUUCCUUUAAUUGGGAUUUGGAUAUCUGGAGUAAAUAAUAUCCAUCAUCCUUAUGUCUGGGCUUCAUGUUUACGUUAUUUAAACUGUAGCGAUAUCAAAGACAGAGUAUUGAGUCCUUCAAGAACUUUUCUUUUCCUUCAUUAUUCAAUUGCGCGGAAAAUUCCUGAUUUUUGGGAGUGCCAUACAGAGAAUGAUGAAUUUUUGGAAUUUGAACUCCUGAGCUGCAGAGAAAACUUACAUCUUGAUCUGGAUGACGUCAGUUCAAAAGAUCCCGUAUGUUUUCAUCUUACACCAACUUCUGACAGUAUGAAUAAAGCUUUGUUCAAUGAAGCUAUUUUUGAAUGGAAGAAAGAAAAAACGUCAACGACAACUACCAGUAUUGAUGAAGUAGUAAAUAAUACAACUUCAGGUCAUACGAAGAUUGAUGGCCAAUAUUCUCCGUCACCACGUCCUAGUCCAACACAGUUAAAAACUCCAUGUGCUCCUGCUCCUGAAGAAUCAUUAUCACUCAGUUUUGACGAAGGAUCGAACAAUACGACACAGAAAAUCUUGAAUAAAACUGUAAAGGAAAGAAAAGUUUUAACUGUGAGUUCUAAACAGCCGCAGAACCCUUCAAACAGUUGUAAAAUUUCCAGAGAACCAUUUAGGCCGAUCGCAAACGAGAAAGGUUCAAGAACUGUCGUUGACAAAGGCAAUCAGGUUGUAUCUAGGAGAACUGUAACCUGUUGUAAAAAAAAUAAAGAGAUUCAUCCCUUGAUAUCAAGAAAUAGAUCACAGGAUGAUGAAGAAAAUAAAGAGAAUACUCCUUUAGUAUCAAGAAGUAGAUCACUGGGGGGUGAAGAAAAGAAACAGAACACUCCAUUGACAUCAAGAAGUAGAUUACAUAGGGGUGAUGAAAAUAAAGAGAAUGCUCCAUUGACACCAAGAAGUAGAUCUCAUGGGGGUGAAGAAAAGAAAGAGAAUACUCCCUUGACAUCAAGAAAUAGAUUACAUAGGGGUGAUGAAAAUAAAGAGAAUGCUCCAUUGACAUCAAGAAGUAGAUCUCAGGGGGGUGAAGAAAAUAAAGAGAAUGCUCCAUUGACAUCAAGAAGUAGAUAUCAGGGGGGUGAAGAAAAUAAAGAGAAUGCUCCAUUGACAUCAAGAAGUAGAUAUCAGGGGGGUGAAGAAAAUAAAGAGAAUGCUCCAUUGACAUCAAGAAGUAGAUCACAGGGGAGCUAUUAUAAAAUACCAAAUAAGAGAGAGGAAAGAAAAUCUGUUCAGGCACACAUAAACAUGAAUAAACUGUUAGUUGAAAAGCAACAGAAACUUGUGCUGAAAUCAGUUGAAAAUGUCGAAGAACCUGGACGUCCAGUUGUUGACGUGGCAAGAAGAAAUAGAUUUCAUAGUGAAGAUAUUUCACCUCGUAUAUCACAACCAAGAGAAAUAAUACGUUGUCGAGCAUCAUCGUUUUCUUCAUCCGAUAUUUCUCAAGAAGAUACGUCAUCACUAUCAAAGAGAUCAUUUGAUGUUUGUAUGGAUUGUGAAACAAUUUCUAGAAAGAUAAAGAAGACGGUUACAUUAAUGUCAGAUAAGCAUGAAAAACCGCAGUCACAGGAUACGGAACACGACAAUAGUAAUAAUGAAAAUGAAACCGUUAUCGAUGCUUUGAAUAGAAGUUUUACUAGUGAUGAUACACAAACAGCUAAGGAUGUUGAUUUGAACAGCAAUGGAAGAUGUAGCAACGAUGGAGAGCCAACCAUGAGGAAUGGUAGCUCAACUAUGGAUUGGCAUACCCGCAGCAACGCGUCUAAUCAUUCUGUUGACGUGAAAAAUACCGAAAAUACUUCCUGCAUCAGAUCAGAUGAUGGAAUUUUAAAACAACAUGACGACAAAAGUCUUUCUUCAAAGAUAACACAAGAGGGUUUAACGUUAGCUCAAAACCAUCUCAUUAAUAAUCAAUGCCAUGAUUGUAAUAAUUGCUCACGAGCCUUAUUGCUGACGCGUGGCGAAGAUGAUUGUAACGUGAAGAAAUCUAAAAAUGAGGAAGCGAAAAAUGAUUUGCCGAUUUCAUCAAAGACAUAUCACGAUUUGCAGGAGCAAGUUGUGAGACAAGCAGAUAUGAUUCGAGUUCUUCAAGAACAGGUUCGUUCAUUGCUUAGAAUGAACGUAGCUGUUUCAUCAGAGAAAAUUUCUGACGAUUUACCGCUGACUCCUACCUCAACAUCAGUCAGUGCACAUGAAAAUCACUGUGGAAGUCCUGCCACGGUAUCAUCUAAUGAAAACUUCUCAAAAGUUGACAGUUGUGAUCAUGUGACGGAAAAAGUAACAAUUGGUGUAAACACUGGAUCAAGUCUUUUGUGUGAACCACCUUCACAUUGCUGUACAAAGUCUGAGGAGGAAUUGUUGGAUAAUGAGCCUAAAGAUGAACAAAACACACAAUCUAUUUUCCCGACACCCGAUAAAACUGCAAGCGUCCUCAAUAACUCUGAGGUAGAUGUUCCGAGUCAAGUUACUGACGCUGAAGUUCCUGUGAAAUUUGCUCAAGGUGAUGGUGAAGUAUUGAAUGAGGACGUUGGCAAUGAAAAAAUUCUACAAAAUGAGAAAGUACAGAUGAAAAGUGAGAAAAAUAUCAAAGGACGUGAAUUUUACGACAGAUUGUUGCAUCAAGUACAAGAUUUGCUGUCUGAACAAGUUGAUAUUGAGGAAAAAACAACUGAAGAUAAGCCACAACAGAAAUCGCAGUCAUGUCAAAAUAUUCCAUCUAGAGAAGUUGUCGUUCAAGCAACUUUAAAACAACUGGAAAAAAUAAAGCAAUUGGACGAUGGAAAUAUUCAAUUAAAAUCUAGUAUGAAGACGGAGACAAACAAUCACAGAUCCUUAUCGACCAGUUUCAUCCCAGAACAUCCACGACUGAACUUUGUAUCCAUGUCAGUUGAUGAUACUUUUGAUGAAAUGACGUGUAUUGAUGAUGUUGCUCUAAAAUAUUUGUCAGAGGAAGAGCUUAAGAAUUACAAACAUGAACUUAAACCUUGUAAAACGACAGUUAGGAGAUCCUAUACGCGAACUGUUCGUUUUGGAAGUUUACCUAGCGAAGGUGAACGAAAAGCAUUAGCAAAACGAAAUACUCGUGAAACUGAUUUUACUUGGAACAACUUGUCAUUUUCUACCAAAAAUUAUUUAACGAAAUACAAUCUUGUUGAAGGAUCCGAAGUUUCAUUGUACAAAAAAGAUGAAGACACUAAACAGGAAAUUUCUCGUGAAAAAACUAAAGCAACCGGACCUUCUACUACCUCUCAAGACUCUAAUGGACCCGUGUCGACUCCUAACACUGAACACCAUGAAGUGUCCAGUCAUAUUUUAGAUAUUCAAAGAUUGAAGAACUUGCCGAAAUUAUUUUGAUUAUUCUGGAAAAACCAUUUAUUAAUGUUUUUGUUAUUUUAUUCUCUUAAAAAAUCAAUAUGAAUGAUGAAUUUUA